AUGCGGUCGCCGUCCUUCCUGGAGGGCCUGCUGAUCGGCGCCGUGGUCGCAGCCGGCGUUUCGUACAUCAUCACGAGGCACUCCCUCCGGUCGAUCGUUGAGGAGCUGCGGAAGGAGCAGGCGGGGCCCGGGCGCGCCAAGAAGCACCGCAGGCGGUCGCAAUCCAGGUGUGCAAGCCCAGGACGGCGCAACACCCAUCAUUUUCAUGCCGCCACCCACCAUGACCACGAGCCUGCUUAUCGAGACCAGCAAAUGGAACAGAUGGCAGUCAUAGGCACGGCCAUGCCGAUCACCACUCUUGUCAACUCCCCAAGACAGACAGCUUUCUUUGCUGGCAGGAAUGAGACAACAGAUGAUGAGAACUUUGAGCAAAGUAAGGAUUCCGAUGCAUUGCCAAGCCGGAGAGAGACGAGAGAUUCACAGGAAAACACGUCGGACCCGAUGCCAGCUGGCCCCCAGUUGCGGAGCCUUGAUGCCCCCGCUACACUGCAGCGCAUAAAAAGCCAAGGUGGCAUCAGGGUGUUCGACCACAGGACAGAGCAUGAAUUCGGCCCUGGUCAUCAAAGUGUGAUAGAGCGUGGAAAGGCAAUUGAAGAUGCUGCACGCAUGGAAGAAUAUGGACGAGUUAUCACCCCAGAGGCACUGCUGACAGAUGAGUCAGAAGACGUGUGCCUCAGAAUAUUGGAGUGCCUGUCCAUGCGUGACAAGUGGCUGUUUCAAGUAGCGCCUGAAAGGCGGCCUGAGAAUCGAAAGAACAUGGGAGAGGCUGCCUAUCCCAGUGACAUCACUGGGCCGUUCUGUUGGAAUUUCACUCCGCUUCCCGUGUGUCAUUUGAAUUUUACCAUGGCCAAUGGCGUGUACCAUGUGCACAAAGAGAACGAUGACCCCCCAGCCACUCAAUUUCCUUUGCCCGGAAAUCUGGAGGAGUUCAUCGCGGACCUGCAAUAUAUACUCAAGGUGGGAGCCAUGGGGCCUGUUAAGACCUUCUGCUUCCAGCGGCUGAGGCUGCUCGAACAGAAGUUCAACCUGCAUGUGAUGAUGAAUGCCGACAAGGAGUUCCUGGCGCAGAAGUCAGCACCCCAUCGUGACUUCUACAAUGUCCGCAAGGUGGACACCCACGUGCACCACUCUUCCUGCAUGAACCAGAAACACCUCCUGCGAUUCAUAAAGUCCAAGCUGCGCAAGGAGCCCGACGAGAUUGUGAUCUUUCGGGACGGCAAGUACCUGACGCUGGCAGAGGUUUUCGAGUCCCUGCAGCUCACCGGCUACGACCUCAACGUGGACACCAUGGACACGCACGCAGACAAGAACAUGUUCCACCGUUUCGACAGGUUCAACUUGAAGUACAAUCCCUGUGGGCAGAGCCGGUUGAGGGAAAUUUUCAUGAAGCAGGACAACCUCAUUCAUGGACGCUACCUGGCGGAAAUCACCCGGGAGGUCUUCGACGAUCUGAAGGCCUCAAAGUACCAGCAUGCUGAAUACAGGAUCUCUAUUUACGGCCGCAAGCAAGUCGAAUGGGAUAUCCUGGCGGCUUGGAUAUGCUCGAACAAGCUGUACAGCGACAACGUUGUGUGGCUCAUUCAGAUCCCACGACUGUUUCAAGUGUACUUCGAUCAGGGCAUCAUGGAAAACUUUGAGCAGAUGUUAGAGAACAUCUUCCAGCCGCUGUUUGAUGUGACGCGAGACCCCGAGACCCACCCCCAGCUACACGUCUUUCUGAAGCAGGUGGUGGGCUUCGACAUGGUGGACGACGAGUCCAAGCCGGAGCGCCGCACCAGCAAGAAGGCCCCCGCCCCGCGCCAGUGGUCCAUGGACGCCGACCCGCCCUACUCCUACUACGCCUACUACAUCUACGCCAACCUCUACGUCCUCAACAAAUUCCGUGAGGCCCGUGGCCUCAACACCUUCUCCUUCCGGCCCCACGCCGGGGAGGCUGGAGACAUCGACCACCUGGCCUGCGCCUUCAUGCUGUGCGAGAACAUAGCCCACGGCAUCAACCUGCGCAAGUCACCCUGCAUGCAGUACCUCUUCUACCUGGCGCAGGUGGGCCUCUGCAUGGCACCGCUCUCCAACAACUCCCUGUUUCUGGACUACCACAGGAAUCCGUUCCCCACGUUUUUCGCGAGGGGCCUCAAUGUGAGCUUGUCCACGGAUGACCCGUUGCAGAUACAUUUGACGAAGGAGCCGCUCGUGGAGGAGUACAGCAUUGCGGCGCAGGUGUGGAAGCUGAGCCCCACCGACUUGUGCGAGACCGCCCGCAACGGCGUCCUGUGCUCCGGCUUUCCUCCCGAGUGCCAGAAGCACUGGAUCGCGUCGGAGUACUGGAAGCCGGGGCCCGACGGGAACGACAUCAGGAAGACGAACGUGCCCAACCUGCGCCUGAGGUUUCGGUACGACACGCAGAGAGACGAGCUGGCGCUGCUGCACUUGGGGGCGCGCAACUCGGAGAACAGAAAGAACAAGGGGUCGGACGUCGAUCCGUGA